AUGCAUUCUCUUACAGUUGCGCUGGCACUAUCUGCCCUUGCAUCGACUUCGCUGGCAAAGCCAAUCCCGGCCCCUGAGACCUCGGUCAACGCAAAGAAAGGGUUCACGGUCAACCAAGGUCCGACAAAGCCUUACCAACCCGGUCCAGUUCAGCUGUCGAAGACCUACAGCAAGUAUAACAAGACUGCCCCCGUCGAUGUCAGCAACGCUGCAGCUGCCGAUGGCUCUGUUACUGCUACCCCUGAACAAUAUGACGCCGAGUACCUUUCCCCGGUCACCAUUGGUGGCCAGACCUUGAAUUUGGAUUUUGAUACCGGGUCCAGCGAUUUAUGGGUUUUCUCUUCUGAGCUGCCCAGCUCCGAGAGCAGCGGUCACAGUAUCUAUAAUCCAUCCAAGUCAUCCACUUCCAAGAAGCUUGCUGGGGCCACCUGGAGCAUCAGCUACGGCGAUGGCUCUGGAGCCAGUGGCAAUGUGUACACCGAUACUGUCGAUGUUGGAGGCACCACGGUUACCGGUCAAGCCGUUGAAUUGGCGGAGACAAUUAGUGCCCAAUUCCAGCAAGACCAAAACAACGAUGGUUUGCUCGGUUUGGCUUUCAGCUCGAUCAAUACAGUCAAGCCCCAGAAACAAACUACAUUCUUCGACACGGCCAUCAACGAAGGGGUUCUUGAAGCGAAUGUCUUCACUGUCGAUUUGAAGAAGGGUGCUCCAGGCUCUUACGACUUUGGCUUCAUUGAUAGCAGCAAAUAUACUGGCGACAUCACAUACACAGCCGUGAACAAUGGACAGGGAUUCUGGGAGUUUACUGGCACCGGAUAUGGUGUUGGAAGCGGUCAAUUCCAGUCCACCAGCAUCGACGCCAUCGCUGACACGGGCACCACUUUGAUUCUCAUCGGCGAUGACAUUGUCUCUGCAUACUACGAUGAGGUCAACGGAGCUCAGUACGAUAACAGCCAAGGUGGCUAUACCUUUGACUGUUCAUCCGACCUUCCUGAUUUCAUUGUGGGCAUUGGAGAUACCCAGUUCACCGUCCCUGGAUCCUUUGUCAACUACGCUCCUAUUACCGACGGCUCAUCAACAUGCUUCGGAGGUAUCCAGAGCAACCAGGGACUGGACUUCGCCAUCUACGGAGAUGUUUUCCUCAAGGCUGUCUUUGCCGUCUUUGACAGUGACAACCUUCAGCUUGGCUUUGCCAACAAGGAUUUGUAG